AACUACAAUUCCCAGGCCGUCCUGCGCGGAGCCUGGAGCCGGCUGCCUCGCUUUGCGUGACCGCGGCAGGUUGGUCCUGGAGCAGAUGAGCGCAGAAUAUUUAGGCGAGAGCGAAAGGAGGGGGGUAGCGCGGAGCAGGAGGAGUGCUUCGGCCAAGAAAAUUAUGCAUGCGUUAGGCAAGCUGUGAGAGAAUGGCUGUGGAAGGAGUCCUGGAAAAUGGCAGGGGGCUUGCCCUGCAACCCUGACAGCCAGAGGAACAGAGCAGACAAUGAGCUGCUGCUGCAGUCAGCUCUUCACUGCGGUUUGAAUCCACGGGGUAUUGAUCACCCUGCCCGCGCCGAAGGUAUUAAACUGCAAAUUGAAGGUGAAGGUGUUGAAUCUCAAUCCAUUAAAAACAAAACUAUCCAGAAGGUGCCUGACCAGAAAGGAACCCCCAAACGACUGCAUGCAGAAGCAGAGACAGCUAAGUCUGCUACAGUGAAGCUGUCAAAACCAGUGGCUCUGUGGACCCAGCAGGAUGUCUGCAAGUGGUUGAAGAAACAUUGUCCAAAUCAGUAUCAAAUCUACAGUGAGUCAUUCAAACAGCAUGACAUAACUGGACGAGCCCUUCUGAGACUUACUGACAAAAAGCUUGAGCGGAUGGGGAUUGCCCAGGAGAACCUCCGGCAGCACAUCUUACAACAGGUGCUUCAGCUGAAGGUGCGAGAAGAAGUCAGAAACCUACAGUUACUCACACAAGCCUCAACCGAAGGUUCUCCAUAAACACGGGGAGCCUUCCAAGCUGCUGUCCUGCCAGCUGAUGUGAAGGUGGCCUGUUCCUCACAGAACCACUAACUCACGGCACUGCCAGAAGAUGUCCUUGGAGCAUUGGCGGAUUAACUGGAUUAACUGAAAAAAACACCAAUUUGGUCAAGAUUAUGGGCUUUGGAAAAUGUUAGUUUGCUGUGGAUUCCAAAAUGAGGUGCAUAACAUUCAGUGCCAACUUGUUCCAAGCGGUCAUUGGCAGACCAUUAGCUGGGAAAUUGCUUCCAGUUUUCAUCACUGUGCAUAACUCAAGUUUCCUUUGGGGAGCUGUCUGUGCCCUUCACUAGAAAUCCUGUUUUAGCAUGGCAACUACUGGAUUAUUUUAUUAUGUGUGCAGAUGGCAUGAUGUUUUAGAAAAAAUUACAGCAGUUCUGCAAUCUCAGUGGAAGUGUUCCCAAUAUUAAGCCCCGGUAGGAAUAUAAAUAUGUCUCGAUUAUGUUAGUUAUGACGUCUAAAGGUAUUUGGUCCAACUCUUAAGCACUUUAUAUGAGAACACUGCAGCAACAAAUUAGCACGUUCAGCACAUGUUUGAGAAAACAAGUAUUUUCAUUUUUUCUUUUAUAAAUGUUGUCGUAUUUCUGGCUCAGACUGUCCAAGAAAAACUCCGCUACUAGCACAUCCCCAGUUGUUUGCAGUAGAUUGGUGUAGAUAUGGCCACAAUACUGUUAGACUUAACCUCUUGACACUCUACUGAACAACUGGAUUAAUUGUAGCACCAAAGGGAAGUAGAUGUGGGCUUGGUGGUUGUAAUUCCUUAGCUCUUGGUUCUUUGUGCCUAGGCACACCUGUUUCACAUACACAUGCAAAUAUUCCAACACAGGAAUUUCCUGUUUUGGCCAAAGUACAUAUUCUCUCAUUCUGAAGAAGAGUUCUUUCAAAUUAAAAAGGAGGGGGGAACCUUCCUUUUAAUCAAAGACCAUGCUAGGUUGAUGGUCAAGGCAGCAGAAGGCAAUUUUCCUAUGGCAUCUGACUUGAACACUUGGGAAAAAUUUCUGGGUCAAGUUUAAAUCACAAUUCUCUGAAGAGAAAAAAAACAGCAUGUUACCCCCAGUGUGUAUCCAAAGAAGGAAAAGCAUUCAGUCCUGCACUUGGUUCUUUCUUCAGGAUAGACCCUACCAGUCUCUUUUGAAUCCUUUCUCAAAUUAUACCCACAGUGGAUUACUUUUUUAAUGUCUUACAACAAAGCACAGUUCUGAGAAAGCUUUCAACCCAGUUAUUUCUUGUCUUUGAGCAUUAGAGAGAUGUCCAUAUUGAUCAACCCCAUAUUAUGCAUUAGAUACUUUUUCCCAAAAAUUUAAAGUUGGCUGAAACUAGGGCUCAGCAAAGCAUGCUCUGUGUGCCCACUGUCCCAGCCAGAGACUGAUAGACAUCAGAGACUCUUCUUAAAAAUAUAUUUAACAACUUCUGGGGCCCUUCCAGCACAAACAGCCUUGACAUUUUCGGGCAUCUCGAGACACACACUCAUUGUCUGCCCUCCUCACAGCUUGCCUCCCCUCAGGGUCUCAGGAAAUACACAGCCCAUUGGAAACCACCCCCGCCUGAGAUUUAGAAACCUGACAGGAAAGGGGAGCGCGAUCCAAAUGUGAUUUGGGUGAGUCACCCGAUGACUCACCGCAAGCCUGUCAGGCUCUGGUUCCAGAGAAGGGGGCUUCCAAGAGGGAACUUGGAAAAGCUUCAGUCACCACCGCGAUCUGGCUCUUUGACAGGCCAGCACGGGGGCCAUCGGGCCCUGGGCAGAGUGCUGCAAGUGUGGCAUUUGGGAAGGCAGAUCAUAAUUCCCUAUGAAUCCAGAAUUAGGAAGCCAAACUCUGGCUGCCAAUGCCCCCAGACUUAACAUCCCCAUCUCUACUGCCCAUCUCAUGAGGUUCAAGUGAAAUGUCAGGCCUUCCUCCUUUGUUCAUUCCUUCCUUUGUCCAGCAAGCAUUUUUUGAUCAUCUGUGUGUCAAAAGCAUUGUGCUGGCCCAACAACAGAUGCUUCCGGCCAUCAGGAAACGCUGUCUCCUCCUCUCUAACACUAUCACACACUCACCCCACCCCCAUUCAACUUUUCCACAAUGACAACUGCAUUCAGCCACAGCAACCUGGGAAAAUGCCCAUGGAAGCAGGCAGAUCCCUUGCUUGAGGGAGUGAGCCACUGUGGAGGAGAUACUGGACAGCAUCAGGUUACACAUUUGCACCUUUCAGGUACAGCCAGCCAUUCCAGGGCCCAGAUUUAGCUGGUGAGAGCUUCCCAAAGCAGCCCCGAGUUGCUUUCCUUGAUAUCCACCUGGGCCAACUGUAUACCUAUCCUUUAUAUAGUUAGGCACAACAGUUUGUCCCGAUGACUGGAUUCUUUAAAGCUUUAAUUCUGACACAGAACUUGGCCUAACAAAUCCUAAAUAAAUAGCACUGGAUGCUGAGAUGUCACAGCUGGGAAAUAAUUGGGGUACUUAAGGAUGUCCUGAGACUACUGCUAACAAACACUUUUGGAAAGCUGGACAUGCUUUAUGGUGCAGAUGUUCACUAAUAGAUAUUGGUUCAUUAUUACUUACUUUGAUGUUUGUGAAAUAUGCUCUGAACAGUGAAAAAAGUAGAGUUUCCUGGCGUUUUCAAAUCAAAUGAGUGCCGGAAAAUUAUUGAAAGAUGGCGGGUGAAGAUAGAGUUGGGAGAAGACAUUAAAGAACCCAGUUGAAGAUGGCAUCCCUAACAAUGCCUUAAUGCCUGGCACAUACCAUAUAUUUGCAUAUGAACUACUGUUUUCCAAUCUGUCGACCUCUGUUUGAAGUGUUUUGAGGGAUAGUUUUGGAAACAUGAUGGUAUAAAAUCUGCACAGCCGUGAGGUAAACCCAGAGAAUGUAGAAAUGACUUCAUUCCCAGCCUUUGGAUUCUUUGGCUGCAUGGUGAUCGUCUGUGUUUGGCCAUGGUCACUUCCUGCUGUGCUGUACCCAAGGAAUGUGUAUGGGAUUUUACCUCCCAGAAAUACAGAGAGGGCUGUGGUGAGUUUUGUUUAGUAGAAAGCAAGAGGUAGGGAGGGUAAGGGGGAAAUAUUUUGAUGUCUAAAGGCUGUAAACUGUUGAUGCUUAACUUGUACUUUUACUGAAGCCUGCGCUACAUCUUCUUAUUAAAAGGAGACACCCACACUCCUGCAGAAAAGGCCCUCUUGGGUUGAACAGAAAUGAAUAGUUAUCAGGCUCUCUAGAGUGCCAAGGGGAUUAGCUUGUUUCAGCUCUGGAACUGAAUUUAAAAGUGCUGGGCACUGGUAGUUCCGCUAGGGAAAAGGCGAAUCGCUUCAGUAGGUUAAGAUGUACCUAGGGGGAUAGAGACCCCAUCAACUUUCUUUGUGGGUACUCAUUCACCUUCACGUCCCUGCUCAGGCUCCAUGAGGUCUGUUAUGGCAAACUUGACUUCUACCUCCAGAAUACAGAUAAACAAUGCGGGGUUCUCUCCAGAGCCACUUCUGAGUUACCAAGACAGAGGCCAACUGUCCUUAGUUCUGAGGGGUUCUGCCAUUUUUAACAUUCAAGAGGAAAAGGAAUAUCAACCUUACAUGACAAUAUAAAGGAAGGAAAAAAAAAAAAACUUCUAAUGGGUUUUCCCUCUUGUUACUUGCAAAUACUCUUUGUCUGCAAAUGUCA